AUGUCGAGGCACUCGAAAGAAUCAACUCGAGAGGUCACUCAGAUCGAGCUGGAUCCCAAAUACGAUCACUACGAGUUUCCUACCGUCGCUCCCGGGAAUCAGCCCGGUCAUCCUGGCCACACAACCAAAGAGCAGGAUGCUCAGGUCUUCCAGCUGCGUGCCAUGUUAGAACAGGCCGGUUGCACUAACUUGGACACCCUGACUCUGUUGCGGUUUCUAAGAGCACGGAAGUUCAAUGUUGAGCUAAGUAAACAAAUGUUCCUUAAUAAUGAGAAAUGGCGCAAGGAAUUUGGUGUCGAGGACCUCGUGCGCAACUUUGAAUACAAAGAGAAACCUCAAGUGUUUCAAUAUUAUCCCCAGUACUACCACAAGACUGACAAGGAUGGCCGACCAGUCUACAUCGAAUCGUACGGAAAAAUUGAUUUGAACGCCAUGUACAAAAUCACCACAUCAGAUCGCAUGGUCCAGAACUUGGUGGUCGAAUACGAAAAAAUGGCCGAUCCACGACUGCCCGCCUGUUCUCGCAAAUCAGGAAAGUUACUUGAAACUUCGUGUACAAUCAUGGACAUGAAAGGUGUGGGCGUGGGAAAGAUAUCUUCUGUUUAUGGCUAUCUCAAGUCGGUCAGCGCCAUCUCACAAGACUACUACCCUGAGCGACUGGGCAAGUUGUAUAUCAUCAAUGCUCCAUGGGGCUUCAGCAGUGCUUUCAGCUUCGUCAAAGGUUUCCUUGACCCUGUCACUGUCGCCAAAAUUCAUGUUCUCGGAUCGGGCUACCAGACUGAACUCCUCAACCAGAUCCCCGCUGAGAACCUUCCAAAGCAGUUUGGUGGCACAUGUGAGUGCGAGGGCGGGUGUGAAUACAGUGAUGAUGGGCCAUGGCAUGACCCUCAGUGGGCUAAGCCUCCGAAAUGGCAACAGCAAGAUUCAACUCCGGGUCAGACAAGCGGAAACGUGGUUCAACCUGCCCCUACCGACGGCGCACAGGAUCCUUUGGAACAGAAGGAAGAUGCGGCUCCGGCCUCAGCUCCCACAGUGGUAGAGAAUGCGCCAACCGACGGACCAAAGAUCCCACUACAGAAUCAGUGA